AUGGCAGACAGAGAAGAUAGAUUGCGACUUGGACGAGUUUCGCAGCAUGCAUUUGUGAGACAAGAGCAGAGUCAGGCCACAGUUACCGAAGCCGAUAUAGUUGAGGCAUAUCUUUCUUCAUCGCAUGCCCAGGACAUUCCCUCGACCUCGUAUCACACCCCAUCUCAUCCACUUUUUCAUCCCAGAGGCGUCGAGAUUCAGCUGAAGGUUCACCACAGGCCUCGUUGGGAUACUUUUGAUUCUCCUCCUGAUGUUGAUAUGGUGCCACCUCUAGAGGAUGAUGACCCACCAUCGGAGGAUGUUGAUGACGACGACAAUAAUGAACCUGAGGGUAUCCCAGGGGGUCCCUCAUAUAUGUCCAUGCUGACAGGGUACGCCGAUCAUACUGCCAGACAUGUCUGGGAUGAAGAGACUCGUCAGACACAGAAGUUCUAUAACCACGGGCAGAAGAUAUUAUCUUUGGAGCAGCCACAUGAGGCUUGGUUCUAG